AAUCGGUAGUUGACGUUCUGUUCAAUUUUUUAAAUAUGUAUUAAAAUGUUAUUUAAGACAAAGGACGAAUGUAAAAGGUGAUUGUGAUAUUUUUUACAAGUGAUUAAGUAAGGUGAUUUCAUUGUAUUCAGCCAUAAUAUUAAAAUUAAUUCGCAAUGGAUGUGAGAUUAUGCGUUUUCCUGUUCCUUAUUUGUUUAGUGUCAAGUUCGGUGAUCAUACCAGAGGAACUGCCGUCUCUACUAUCAGUAGCUUAUUCAAAUAUACCACCCAUAAAGAAAGGCACUGACUCCAGGGUUGGAUUUGGAUUUGCGUUCGGUAAUCACGCCGAUUUUCAAGUUGUCUUCGAAUUGGGGCCGCAGACGACAACACAAAAUCUAACUGGUCAAGGGUUUUCAUCAAGCAACACCAAACGCCAAGCGCCCUCGCUACCUCCCCCAAAAUUCAACAAGAAUAGAGAAAAGUCAGAUGGUGGCAAAUAUCUGCAGACUUGGGCACAGAAGAUGAAACAUCCACCUAAACUAAACAAGGAGAUAGCCAGGCCAGGCGAGGUUCCAAACUUGGAAGAAUCCAUGGUCGAACUCGUGAAGAACGAAAAGGGCGAGUACGAGAUCCAUCAACCGAGACCUGGGAAUCUACCACAAAAAAUUCUAGAUGACUUAAAAAGGCUCUACGGACAGAAAAAAGAAGAGGCAAUCAAGCUGGGAGAAACGAAGCGGAGUGAAGAGGAUAUUAAGAAGAUAACGGACGACCUAUCUGAUGUUGACUUGGAUUAAGAAUUA